AUGGAGAAUAUAAACGAGUGUGACUCAUCCCAGCAUGACUGUGAGCAGACGUGUCUGAACAUUGUUGGCGGUUUCACGUGCCUAUGUGGUAUCGGGUUUCGUCUCAACGACGAUGGGAAGACGUGCUCAGAUGUAGACGAGUGCGCCCAAGGCCUUCACGACUGUGAACAGAUUUGCAUGAACAUCUACGGAGGGUUCUCCUGUGGGUGUGAAGACGGCUUCUCCCUUGACGACGAUGGAAAAUCAUGUUCCGCUGAAGACAAUUGCUUUCCCGGAGCAUGUGACAACGGCGGCACGUGCAUUGACGGAGACGACACAUUCUCCUGCUUGUGUCCUGCUGGUCACAAGGGAGAGAGAUGCCAGACUCCCCCUUGCAGUGAAGACUUCGACCCUCCCCUACACGGUGGCAAAGUUUGUACAACCUCUGACGUCACAACAGACACUAUGACGUGCACUGUGUUCUGUGAGGGAGACAGGGAGUUUUUUGGCCGGCCAGCGGACGCCUACACCUGUAAUUCGGAUGGUCGAUAUCGUCCUGGGAGAGCACAUGUAAAAGGAAAUGUCUUCUACUUCUAUGACGGAGAUUGUCAGAGUAGCAUCCAAGAAAUCAUCUCCAACUUUCAGCAACUCUUCGGCCAGUUACAGUCCAGUCAGCCCCAAGGACAAGUAUCAAUGCGCCUAGGAACGCUAGAGCUUGACUGUGACGAGCAAGUUCGAAGUAUCAGCAAGAGGUCAAUUCUGGGACAAAGUGAUCAAAGAGGCACAGAUGGGUUUACCAUAAAGUUUGAAGUUGUGGCCACUAUUUCUCAGGAAAACAUCACGGAAGCACAGCAGUUUGAUCUUGUGUUUGCAUUGGAUGAUGUUUACUACGAAAUUGCUGACAAAGUGUCGUCCAACGACUUCGACCUCGUUAUCGGAGGGCAGCCAGUCAUAGCUGGAUCGUUUGACAUGGGCUUUGCAGAAAUAGUCGCUAACUGCACAGUCGGACAGCUCGCGUAUCAAGACGACUAUCAGGCGUACUGCACUGACUGUCCUCGAGGAACCUUUCACGACACAACUACAGACACCUGCCAGGAAUGCCCCGUUGGACAGUACCAGGACCAACCAACACAAAGCACCUGUAAACCCUGUCCGGGAAACACGUGGACGGUGUUUCCUCGAGCUGUUGAACUGUCAGAGUGUCUCUCAUACUGCGAAGGAAGCACUGGUCCAUGUUCAAGCUGCAUUUACGAGAAGAGAACAUUGACAUUGUGA